UUAAGAACAAAGUGACGUAAAACCCCAAAAGCUCUUUCUUAAAACUGAAUCAAAGUAACAAAUAUUUAUGUUUCCUCAUUCCGAAGCUCUCUCUUACUUGGAUAAGUCUCACAUAUGAGACUCAUACCCAUUUAUAAUAAAACGUAGAAGUACACUCUAGGAAAAGUGAAUAAGAUUAACAUAAAUACUGUAUUUUCGUAAAUCAGGAUAUAGAGAGAAUUCAUAUCACGCACAAGAUUAUCUGAAAAUCUUUGGUUCCUAUCAUGAGGACUAACAUGUAGCUAGCAAGUCUAUUUGGAAAUCAUGAGUUUAAGUAGGAAUAUACAACAAUUUUUUUUUUCUCAAGUCUUUGGUUUAAGUAAUAGAAAGUCUGGAUUCUUUUGGUCAGAAUAAAUAAAUUUCUGAUUUGUUUUGUCCAGGUUGACGUUGUCAUGGAAAUCCUUUCCAAGUUGGUGAGUAGGCAGAUCUGGAGACUGCCAAAAUUGUGGCCUGGCUUCUUGAAAUGUGUGUCUCAGACACAACCACAUUCUUUCCCCGUCUUGUUGGAGUUACCAAUGCCUCAACUCGAAAGUAUCAUGAAGAAGUUUCCUGAUCUAAGACCUUCUCUUAUUGCUUAUGCGAAUCAGCCAACUAUCAGAGCUUCUCUACCAAACUCUUUCAGUUCUUGGGCUUGAAAAUGGGCAAGAUUCACGUUCACAAAUGCACCCUUCAGAUGCAGCUUCAUCUAUUCAUGCGGCAGCCUUAACGUGACCCACACACCUAUCGACAAAGUUGAAGUGUUUGAAGGAGACAAAUCACAGAUACUGAAAGCUUCUUGUCGAUUGGCUCGAGACUGGCUACCACAC